AUGAUUGACCUACUGCAUCUUCAAGAGGAUAAAGGGGGAAACCCUGAGAUUAUUCGUGAAUCUCAACGUAAACGAGGAGCCAGCGUCGAAUUGGUGGAUGAAGUCAUUGCGCUGUUCGCAGAACACAAGAAGUUGCAAUACGAGCAAGAGAGCAUCCGUCGAGAGCUCAACAUCCUCCAGAAGGAAAUUGGUGGCAUCAAGAAGGCCAAAGGGGAUGCUUCUGCGCAAUUGCAAAAGAAGGCGGACUUUGACAAGCAGAUCCAAGAGCUUGCGGUCAAGGUCGCUGCGCUGCUGAAGAAGCGAGACGAAAAGGCCAAGCAGAUUGGCAACAUUGUGGACAAGGAUUGCCACGUCUCCCAGACAGAGGACGACAACCCAAUUGUUCGAGUCUGGCAUCCUGAACCCAACCACAAGGGCAAUUCUCCGCCUGGACUUCAACUUGAAGACAAGACAGAAGGCAUCAUCUCGCACCACGAGGUGCUCACUCGCUUGGAAGCAUUCGACACUGAUAGAGGUGUCAAAAUCGCCGGCCACCGAGCUUUCUUCUUGACCAAUGAUGGAGUCGACCUCAAUCUCGCUUUAAUAACCUAUGGUCUCCAUUUUCUGCGGAGCAAAGGAUUCAAGAAGGUCCAAGCACCUUUCAUGAUGAACAAGGACAUCAUGGGCAAGACAGCCCAGCUGGAGGAUUUCGACGAGUCACUGUACAAGGUCAUGGGAGGUGACGCGGAUGGCAGCGAUGACAAGUACCUCAUUGCCACUUCUGAGCAACCUAUUUCGUCCAUGUUCAUGGAUGAGAACCUCGAGCCAAAAUCCGUUCCCAUGAGACUUGCUGGAUACUCCACCUGUUUCCGAAAAGAGGCCGGGUCCCACGGCAAAGAUACCUGGGGAAUCUUCCGUGUCCACCAAUUCGAGAAAAUUGAACAAUUUGUCGUCUGCGAUCCCGAGUCGUCUCCGAAGAUGCUCGACGAGAUGCUGGCCAACUCGAAGGAGUUUUACGAAUCGCUCGAGAUCCCAUAUCGAGUUGUCGGUAUCGUUUCUGGAGGUUUGAACAACGCUGCUGCUAUCAAAUACGAUCUCGAGGCCUGGUUCCCUUACCAAGGAGAAUACAAAGAGCUAGUGUCUUGCUCAAACUGUACCGACUACCAAUCACGAGAUCUCAACGUGCGACUGGGAUACAAAACGGCCGAGGCCAAACCUGCCUUCGUUCACAUGCUCAACGGUACCUUGUGUGCUACUGAGCGAGCCUUGUGCUGUCUCGUAGAGAAUUAUCAGACCCCAGAGGGACUUCGCAUACCUCGAGUCUUGCAACCAUACAUGCAAGGCAGAGAGUUCCUCCCAUAUACCGCCGAGCUGCCGCAGCACUCGACCAGCGUCAGGAAGAAGUGA